GCUAAAAGCGGAGAAUAAAGGAGCAGAGGCUAGCUUGUGCUUGCAUCAGUUCAACAGAGCUGACAAAUUCCAACUGCACAGAUAUUUAAGAUCCCUGGUUCGUGUCUUGGCCUGGUGGUGACAGUCCAUUGUUUCUUUAGACGUCUUUUCCAUUCCAACUAAUGAACAGAUAUUUAUUAGACUAAAAGCAGUUGUUUUCUUGCACUACUGCACUACUUAACCUGUGCUCGCAUACAUAGCACGAAGCGGGCAAGACAAGAUGAAGACAUUGGUGGUGCUCGUCGUCGCUUGGGCCAUGACUGCCGCCGUGGUCCAUGCCGGCGUACUGGGCGACUUCCUUGAAGCGAGUCGCGAGGUGCACCUGUCCGUACGCAGCAGCAGCGACGACAGCAGCGAUAGCAGCGACAGCAGCGAUAGCAGCGACAGCAGCGAUAGCAGCGACAGCAGCGAGGAAGCGGCCAUGCAAGCAGGUGGUGGCGCCGGUGCAGGCAAUAUGCCGGCACAGAACAUGGGACAGGCUGGCAGCGGCAGCACUCCAGCUCCGGCCAAUGCAGCUGCUGCUGGUGCUGGAUCUGAUAGUAGUGACAGUGGCAGUGAUAGCGGCAGCGACUCGUCCGAUGAAGGCAGCAUGCAGAAUAUGGGGCAAGCAAAUUCGCCCGGCCCUGGCCUGGCUAACAGCGGACCGUCCGAAGCCACGAGCCAGCCCCCGUCGUCGUCGGAGGGUCCAACAACCUGCUUCCCCGCGCAAGAGUGCAGUGAAGUUGACCUGCUCAACCAGGGAGGUGGUGGUGACGCCGGUGGGCUAACACCCUCGGCUCUGUACACCGCCGCGUUCAGCAUCUUCAACGAGAACUCGUUUGCGCCCUCCGUCGGUUCUCUGCUGGGUGAGUUCAACGACCGCAGCACCAUCCAGUGUGCACGUGACUUCACAGACUUCAACGGCACGACAGUACAAGCAACGCAGGCGGACGGCUCGGGUAUGAUAGACUUCUUCUUUCCGGCUGCGCAGGCAGCAGGUGAGCCACGCACCCUGAACGACGCAACUGUCGAUUUCACCUUGCCCAACCUGGGCUCGUUCGGUGAUCUCCGGCUGCGCUUCAUGUACGACCCUAGUGGCAAUCUGCAGUCCACAGAGCAGUUCUUCCGCCCGCCGAACCAGGGAAAUGACCAGUUCUUUCCAUUUCCCCUGACUCAGACAGUCUGCAGGGAAAUUCCCGGAGAAUGCUCGGCAACGCCACCGAUAACGCCUCCCAACGUUCCCAUUCCCGACCCCCUGCCGUCGCCAACGCAGGCGGAGAUCGCGACGGCCGUCAACAACGAGGUUGUCGCUGCCCAGUGUGCCAGCAGCGCCGCGGGAGAGGCCACGAUCUGCUUCCGCGCGCAAGAGUGCCGCGUAGUCGAUGUGCUGGCCGAGUUGGACAAGGGAGGCGAUGCCUCGCAGCCGAGCCUGUCCGCUCUCUACGCAAGCGCGCUGAAGCACUUCAACGAAAGUGCAUUCCUGUCGACGGUGCGUCAGAUGCUUUUUGAGAUCAACAACCCAGGUAUUGCCGAGUGUGGAGGCAGCUUUACGGAACUGAACGAUACGGUGGUGCGGGUAACGCAGUCGAAGGGCGCUGGCGUCGUUGAUUUUAUAUUCCCUCAAGCACAGUCACCCGGACAGCCACGCACCCUGAACAACGCCGAAGUUCACUUCACCCUGCCUAACGUGGGACAAUUCGGUAGCCUGCAGCUGCGAUACCUCUUUGAUUCGCAAGGUGCACUUCAAUCCUCUCAGCAUCACUUCCGUCCACCGAGACAGUCAAGCAGCGAAUUCUUCCCAUUUCCUCUGGAGAGAACAGUCUGCGAGGAUUUGCCCGGAGAUUGUGGAGAUACGCCACCCAUUAUGCCGCCCAACGUGACCUCUCCGGAAGCGUUCGCCAGGCCCCGGCAAGGUGACUUGUACGUGGCGCAGAUAUUCGCAAUGGUCGCCCAGUGCAAGGGCUCUCCACCAACGGUGCCACCCACCACAUGCAUCCCCGCGCAGAAGUGCAGUAUGGUGGACGCGUUGGCCGGAGCAUCAAGUGUCGGCAGUCUUGACACAUCGGUGCUUUACGGCGCGGCGUUCAGCCUCUUAAACGAGAAGUCAAUUCGGCGCUCUAUCGAGGUUCUCCUGAGCGAGUUCAAUGCCCCCAGUUCUGUCGCGUGCGCACGUACGUUCACGGACUUCAACAACACGGCCCUGCAGGUUACGCAGGCGGCCAGUACUGCCCGGGUGGACUUCUUCUUCCCCGCCGCCCAGGCCACCGGAGAGCUGCGCACGCUCCGCGACGCCGAGGUCCACUUCACCCUGCCGGACAUGGGCGCGUUUGGCGACCUGCAGCUGCGUUUCGUGUUCGACUCGACCGGCGCUGCCCAGGCCGCCGAGCGGUUUUUCAGACCGCCAGGCCAAUCCGACACUCAAUUCUUCCCGUUCCCGUUGAAGAAAGCGGUCUGUGAAAUUGUGCCCGGGGAGUGCGCUGAAUCGCCGCCAGAGGAAGCUCCGGUUGUUCCCCUUCCCGACCCGCUGCCGCAGCCAGACCUGCCCGGUCUGCUUGCGGUCGGUAUCUUCUCAGCUGCCGCACACUGCCAGGCCUAAACAAUGAACAUUCAAAUCCACUUUUAAAAUAUUACCACGGCAACGGCAAAAGUAUGCCAGUACAGCACCCUCUAGCCCUCUCUCCCCUCCGUCCCUUGGGCUCAUGAAUAUUCUUUCUUUCUAUUUCUACAUGGUUCUUCAGUCCUGGUUCAGUGGUUUUCACUCCCUCCCCCUUUGAUUGGACGCUAUUAUGCUAUGGGACAUGGAGUGAAUCUAUACGAGAAAAUAAGAUGAAUUAGAUGAUAUUGGACUGACCGGAAGAAGAGAAGUGUAUUCAAAACUGAUUGCUAACAAUAGCUUUGUACUCUGCUCCUUGCCUUCCCUCAUCUCUCGAAUAUGCCACGGCACUCACCCGAGACAUUGUGCACAGUCAGCUGACAGCUAUUCCAGUAGCAUAUUCCUGACUGCCCGCAUUAACUCAUCUUUUCAUUCAAGGGUGCUGGCCAACAGUCCGUCUAUUCUGCUGUCUUCUCCGAUCUGUCCACCCCGAUCAUUCCUCCGCAACACAUCCACUCCAAUCAUUCCUUCUCAUACCAUC